UGCACAUAGCCGAGCAAUGCAGCGAGAAGUGUAGUGGUUUUAUCUUUUAAAUCCGUGGUUUUCUUCCAUGUGUGCAUGGCUGUUUUCUGCUCUAAUCAGGGCCGCAGCUCGUUCAGUCUACAAUUUAAUCUAGAGAAAAGAGUCAACCGUGUUUGACAGAUCUGCACCAACAAUUAGCAUCGUUACAUUUGGAUAAAACGACACAGACGCGAGCACAGCCCCGAAAGCAACCGAGUAUCCCUCAGGAUAGACGGAUCGAAGGGAAACCUAAACGGGAAAAGGCCUGAUAGCUUCUUGCAAGGGUGUGAUUAAAAGCUAUAAAUUGGUUUUAGAGCCACGUAAGGCUGCGUUGGGAGAGAGAGAAAGGGGGUGAAAACGAAUUCGCCGUCUGCAUCCUCAGUUUACAAAUCAUCUGCUCCAUAAUUUCCCUUUAAAACCGUUUUUAUUCGUCGAAAAAUAAAUGAUAGGGAAAAUGGGUGGACGGAGUCCACAUUUUGUAUUUUUUUCAUAUCACACUACCACAUUGUUACAAAACACAUCUGUGUGUCAGGUGCCACUGUGUCUGCCAAACUGGGGCAAUUCAAAUGUGAGGGGGGUCAAGGGGCCUAAAAUGAGAGCAAGAUUUAGUCAUUACAUAAACUGGUUUACAAGGCUGGCAGCAGAACACAUUCUGUAGCUGCACUGAGGCAUUUUUAGAAGAAACUUGAGCAGAUGAUGGUCAGGAGUGGACACAUUUCCUCCAAGCUGCAGGAGCAACAUGAAGGACGGCAUCGCCAACAACAGCACGGCCAGCAUCUCCCAAGCCAGAAAAGCUGUGGAGCAACUGAAGAUGGAGGCCUGCAUGGACAGGAUAAAGGUAUCUAAAGCAGCUGCAGAUCUGAUGGCAUACUGUGACGCCCACAUACGCGAGGACCCCCUCAUCGUGCCCGUCCCCGCCUCUGAGAACCCUUUCCGGGAGAAGAAAUUCUUCUGCACCAUCCUCUGAUGACCUGUGGGUAGAGCUGUACAGGCAUGGCGUUGCCUGGCUUCUCUGUCUUCACCACACCUGAAGCUACUGGCCAUAGGCAUUGAGUUGAGUUUUGCCUGGUGGACACUCUGUUGUUGGUCAGCUCUGUCCUGGUGGCUGAAGGUUUUGGGGGAGUCAGCUACCAAACUGGCAACCCAGUGAGCAUAUCAUGUCUUGUUAAAUAGGUUUGUUAUUGCUUUGUUAUUAGAGAACAGCCUUGCUCAGUGCUUAAUGAGAUGAGAGAUGUUUUGUUUUUGUUUGUUUUUUUUCUUUUAUUGUGCUAGAUCUUAACUUGCCUCAGGAAACAAAAAUUUGCCCGGUGUCUAUAACUUUUUUUUUUCUCUUUUUCAGUUCUUUUUCCCUUUGUCUGGAUAAAAAUCAUUCAUUUUUUUUGUAGUAUAGGGAACACAAUUUUAGUUAAUUUUAUUUUUUUCCUCCCAGUGCAGAGGUUUGACUAAUUGUAGCAACACUUACUGGGAGCACCACUAAAAUUUGACACUACCGUCAGAGUCGCCACUAAUUACCCUCCAUGUUUUAGGGCUGCAUUUCAAUCAUAAACAGAUUAAAGAACAGAAUCAAAAACUUGAUCUUGUGUAGUAUAAAGAAGGAGGAGGAAGAGGCUGCACAUCAUGUCUGCAGCAACAAAAAUAAAUAGAAUCUAUUUAUUUAAUGGUGCGUUGCUGAUGUUCUCAUCUGAUGUUCUCAUCUGAUGUUCUUAUGAUUCUAACAAAAAACAGCCCUCAAGCAAAAAUAUUUUAUUAAUCUAUUGUUUCCUUCUCAGACUCCUGACUACAUUUGCCAUCCUGCUUCAUUUACUUCAAAUCAGACACUUAAAUCCGAUCCUGCAGCUUCCUACAGGAAUAUUCUUACAACUUGUAGAACAUCUUCUCCUCUAAUUUCCCCGACUUUCUCAUUUGUUUUCUGGGCAUGUUUCCUGAGCCUGAUUCUUUUUGCCUGUCCUAGAGUGAAUGGCAAGGCCUUUGACAUAAAUGCCAAACCAGAGGCCUGCAUGUUUCUCUGCUCCUUUUUGGACAGCCUCCUCUGUUUCCGAGGGACUGUCAGUCUUUUAGAGUGUACAGUAUGUUACAGUGCCAACUUCUGUGAGAGCAGUGUGAUCCUCACACUGUGGUCCCGCAGCCUCUUUUUCCUUUUUUGUUUGUAUUUUGGGAAGAAAAAGCACACUGUCGAAAUAUUUCCUUUACAUGGUAGUUGAAUAGCAUUUGCUAAUUUUUACAACAAAUUGUUAUGAUCGUUAUUAAUCUUGUUAUUAUCAGUAGUAAUAUUGAAUAUUUGUUGCACAGCACUGACAGCUACAUGACGUGUAGUGCUACUAAGCUUGUAUGAUACCUAGAAAUAACAUUUAUAAAUCAUGCAAUUAUUGAUACUAUCUAAGUAUUUUUUAAAAACAACGGUAAGGGUUGUUUACAUAAUAUGAUCCUUUGCUGGUUCAGGCUUUUUGCAUCACUGUUUAUGUAAAAUUGAGAGAAAUUUCCCUCCUGAUACUUGAAUUGCCAUCCCAUUAGGAAUCCGAACCUCUUGAUACUGGACUGUUACAAACCAUUGUGCAGUCAAAUUAUUUCCAGGAUAACUAUUAUCUUCCUUUCGUAUUAGAAAACCUGAGACCGACCUCAGGGCUCUCCCAUGGAUCUCAUCUAAAAAUGGUGCCAAAUCUGUAACAAGAAAUAUACAACUAGAGAUGAAUAUUGCAUGGAUUCAUUUCUACCUAUGACAGAGAGAACUAUUGAUAUAAAAGUUUGCCUCUUCAUUGACUUUCUGGGUGCUACUUUGCACAUAAUAAUCUCACUGGAGUCCAGAUAUGUCAAUAACGUGCAGCUGUAUUCUUGAAUGGUAUUAUUGUUUUGGAAAAAAAAAGCAUUUAAAUAGCAGGCUUUGUAAACCCUUUGAUGGAUCAAAUGAAUAAAAGGAAAAAGGUGA